AUGCCGGCUCCUCCACCAUUCAUUGUAAACACGGACCCCAAGCGCGUGGCAGAAUCACAGACAACAUUGAUCGUAGGAGUUAUUACUGCCAUCAACUUUGUCGCCCUCGCUGUCGUCGCUGCAAGGACAUACACCCGCUUGGUUAUCUCCAAGUCCCCAGGUGCCCAAGAUGUGCUUAUGAUUCUAAGUGCUUGUACUGGUCUGGCGGGCACUAUUAUCUUGUAUCUUCAGAUCCCCCACGGUCUAGGGAAACACGCCGACACGAUCGAACGAGCCGACUUCACCAAGUUUAGCAGAUACAGCUUUAUACUCACAGUAGUCCCUCUUCUCGGAGGAAUCGGCCUACUGAAAAUCGCAAUCGCCCUCGAACUCAUCAAAUACAAUGGGAACUCAUGGAAGUGGUACAAGAUUACUUUACGGUGCAUGAUUGGUAUGUCUCUACUUCCGACCCGACAUAGCAGACUCAAAGACUGA